GAGUGGCACGUGUUAUACAACUCCCGCGUCACUUUCGUCCUCCGCAUAAUUGCGAAGCCAGAUCGGAGAAACCCUGAAAUCUUCAAUUUGAUCCACCAGGUCUAUAAAAAAGGAGACGAGGGAACCAAAAGCGAAGAAGACACAAUGUCAGGGUCCGUCAUGGUGGGUGAUUCUAGCUCCUGGUCUCGUGCGUUGGUGAACAUCUCUCCUUACACAUUCUCCGCUGUUGGUAUCGCCAUCGCCAUCGGCGUCUCAGUCCUCGGCGCUGCCUGGGGGAUUUACAUAACUGGAAGUAGUUUGAUUGGAGCUGCGAUCAAGGCUCCUCGGAUUACUUCUAAAAAUCUCAUCAGUGUAAUCUUUUGUGAGGCUGUUGCUAUAUAUGGUGUUAUCGUGGCGAUUAUUCUACAAACAAAAUUAGAGAGUGUUCCUACUUCACAGAUAUAUGCCCCAGAGUCCCUUAGAGCUGGAUAUGCAAUAUUUGCCUCUGGGAUCAUUGUGGGCUUUGCUAACCUUGUCUGUGGGUUGUGUGUAGGAAUAAUUGGAAGCAGCUGUGCACUAUCUGAUGCUCAAAACUCCUCACUUUUUGUGAAAAUUCUUGUGAUUGAAAUCUUUGGUAGCGCACUUGGGUUGUUUGGAGUGAUUGUUGGAAUAAUUAUGUCAGCUCAAGCAACAUGGCCUGCAAAAACAGUGUAAUUGUUGUUCUUACCAUAACAUGAAAAAUCAAUUAUGACGGAGUGGAAUAUAUUUUUUAUGUAAUGCCAAAUAGAUUAUGUAUUUUAUUCUUCUAAUGUUUCUUGGUAGGCAUGUAAAAACUGAUAUGGAAAUGAUAUGCUGUCCUUUUCUUUUAUAGUUGCAUUUGUGCAGCUGAAAAAAAUAAGAUCUUGGGCAAAGAAGUAUUGAUGCAAUUUGAA